AUGCUGAUCACCGCGCGCACCUAUUCAGCCUCCCAAACCCCAGACCAAGGUGCAGCACAACCCUGCAAUAAAAGGUCGCGAUUUCAUACCUUCUCCGGCUGGCAAACAACUCCGGUGGAUAUAAAGGAAGCGACCGACAUGUUGUUAAUCCAUCAAGUUGGUAGUGUUCGUGUUGGGGAAGUUGUUAGAUACACGAUUACCUAUACUCCGGCGGACGAUCCGAUCCUUCCCAUUCCUUCGAAUCUCUACGUGAGGGUGAAGAACACAUCUGCCAUCCCGUUGCGUGCCGCAUACCUCCAUGGCCCGUACACGCUAUACGCUGCUUGCUAUCCCUCGCAGUUUGACCCCAAUACCAAAUACGAGCGACAGGAUCUGGAGGGUACACCUCAGUUUGAGCCCUACCUAAAGGCGGGAGGUGGUUGGGACGCCAUCAUCAAGGUGCCGACUAAUCUUCAGGAAGCUCACGAUUUUGGCUCUCCGGGUCAAGGCGGACCGGCAAGUGGGCAGAGAGUUAGCUGGAUCGUUGAGAUACAAUCGCAGGUGAUAUUCUCAAGUAGCGCAGCGGUCCAUUUUGAGCUGCUGGUGGGCCGAGAUGAAAAAUCGCUGGCAUAUUUCUCGGGCGGUGCAUGGAGUAGCGGAAAUGGCGCUCCGGGGCCUCCGGCAAAGUUACAAGACCAUUGGCUGCCUGGAACUAGAGGUAGUCAGGUGCUUGCCUCUAAAGGCGUGUACACAAAAUCAAUCGCUCUUCAUGUCGACGAUACAACUAGUCUAUGGAGCAAUCCGCCAUUCCCCUCGGCGAAGCCGGCUUCCGAAAGCGUUGAUCAGAAGAGUCAGGACUCGCAAUCUCUGCGUGACAAUCCAGCGCCGGAGGGCUCUACUGAAGUUCCGAUGAAAAGCGCCCAGAAGAAGAAGAAGGUGCAUCUCGUGUUACUGACACAUGGGUUGCACAGCAACCUCGGUGCAGACAUGCUCUUUUUAAAGGAGAGCAUCGACGCAGCCAUGAGAAAAUCCAAGAAGGACGACAAUAAAGCAAACGCUCCCCACGUCGGCCCUGUUGGACUGGAUGAUAGAGAAAACCUGACAAGUAAAUCCAGUCAUGUGGAGGAGGAUCAAAAUAACCAGUCUAGCGAUAACCCUGAUGAUGACGACGAGCAAGUCAUUGUCAGAGGGUUCUCUGGCAAUGCUGUUCGGACUGAGCGUGGGAUUCAAUACCUCGGCAAACGACUGGCCAAAUAUGUCCUCCUUCUCACAUAUCCAGAUCAACCCUAUUUCCCUUUGAAGGGCUCAAAGUCGAACCCAUUUUCUCGACCUUUUGGUGCUCGCAAGGAGCGAACUCAACCAUUUGCUCAUCCAGCUGAAUCAACCCCCGAAGAGAAUGCCCAACAAUUUCAAAACGAAGACCAUGCCUACCAGAUUACAAGCAUCAGUUUUGUUGGCCAUUCUCUCGGCGGGCUGAUUCAGACAUAUGCAAUCGCAUAUAUCCAAAAGCACUCACCUCAGUUCUUUGAGCAAAUCAAGCCUGUUAACUUUAUUGCCCUUGCAACCCCCUUUCUCGGUCUUAGCAAUGAGAAUCCAAUGUACGUUCGAUUUGCAUUGGAUUUAGGUUUAGUUGGACGUACCGGCCAGGACCUCGGGUUGAGUUGGACAGCACCGAAAGUUCGAAGUGGCUGGGGAGCCAUUAUUGCUGGAAGAGGAGAGUCUGCGAAAGACCCUGGCCAUUCGGAUCCUGGCGCCAAGCCGCUUCUACGGAUUCUUCCUUGCGGUCCUGCCCACGAGGUUCUUAAGAAGUUCCAACAUCGCACAGUGUACUCGAAUGUGGUGAACGACGGGAUAGUUCCUUUGCGGACGUCCUCGCUUUUGUUCCUAGACUGGAAAGGUCUGGAUCGGGUUGAAAAGGCGAGGAGGGACAAUGGAAUUGUUGGAACUAUGGCCGAAUGGGGGUGGGCAGAGUUGACAGGCGCCAACUCGAAAUCCCCGCGAUUAGGUCGCCCCGACGGAGAACAGCAUUUGAGUCUCCCGGCAUUGGAGACCGGUCAUCAAAUCGCAUAUCCUGCGACCCAGGUUUCCCCAAGACCCCAAAACGACAUUUCGGACGAAGAUGCAAUCUCCCCGAGACCGGCACAAUUCCUAGCACCACCCAGUCAUGUGUCCGGCCUGAAAAUGCCAGAGGGCGCGGAGAAGGAAAAUAUCCCGGGAAGUGCGUCUCCCAGUCCUCUGGACAGCUUUUUCUCGCUGUUUCGCCUAAAUCAGGGCAAGAAUCCCCCUACUAGCAAGAAUGCUAGAAUUUAUAAGCGUAGCCAGACCCUGGGCACGUUUGAGACUGGCGAUGGCGUUGGAGAUGGCAUGAUUCCAAUUGCUCCUGGACAUUCCUCACAGGAGCACGAAGGAGUACACACGCCUCCAAAGACAACAUUUUUCGAGUCUGCUGGAGAUUUACUAAUGCCACCUUUACCACCUGCGGAUUUCAUUUUGGAUCCUGCCUCGCGACCCCGGACAAUCUUCCACGACCGCAUCUACCACCCAGAGGAUAUACCGCAUCCUUUACCGACAAAGCGACGCACAUUAGCAUUUGGUUCGCUUCAGGGCAAGCAAUCGAAGUCGACACCCACUCAGCACCCACCUGCUAGCAUCGCGGAAAAUGAGAGUGGCCUCAAGGUCGAAGAAAAGAUUGCGAGAGCUUAUCACCGUGAUCUGACUUGGCGUAAGGUUCUUGUUCGGCUUGAGCCUGAUGCCCACAAUAACAUUAUUGUGCGGCGCAUGUUCACCAAUGCCUAUGGCUGGCCUGUUGUGAAACACUUGGUUGACACACAUUUCGGCCACACGCCUACUGCGGAAACCGACGAUUCUCUGAAGCAAAAUGUGGAGAUGGCCAAGUCUCCAAAUGUUGGACCGACUAGUUCGGGUGAUGAGAUUGAAGGGCAGUCCGAUUUUGCCGAUCCAAAUUCAGUAAGAGAUACAGACGAUUUGCCAAAUGUAUCCAAUCUCCAUGUAUCGGAAGGUCCAUCUUCCGGUCCUCGUGACACCUUACCUGUCGAAGAUGAAUCGCACAUGAGCACCAGUGACAGAAAUCUUGUAUCGAGGUCGGAUUCAGCACGAUGGACUGAUCGUGAAGUUGUCGAGGAUGACAGCGAGUCCGGUUUCGAAGUGGAAACCAACGCUGGUUUCCGUCAUUUAUAA